AUGCAUCUGUUUGGCCUCAACUGGCAGUUGCAGCAAACUGAAAAUGAUACAUUUGAGAAUGGAAAAGUGAAUUCUGAUACUGUGCCAACACAUCCUGUAACAGUACCUGCUGGAGAAAAUGGAAAAUUAGGGGGAUUUGCACAAGAAAACAACACUAUAGAUUCUGGAGAACUUGAUAUAGGCCGAAGAGCGAUACAAGAAGUUCCUCCUGGGAUUUUUUGGAGAUCCCAGCUCUUCAUUGAUCAGCCACAAUUUCUGAAAUUCAAUAUAUCCCUUCAGAAAGAUGCAUUGAUUGGAGUAUAUGGCCGAAAAGGUUUACCACCUUCACACACUCAGUAUGACUUUGUGGAGCUCCUGGAUGGCAGCCGGCUCAUUGCGAGGGAGCAACGCAACCUGCUGGAAUCUGAGCGAGCGGGGCGGCAGGCAAGAUCUGUCAGUCUCCACGAGGCAGGUUUUAUCCAGUAUUUGGAUUCUGGCAUCUGGCACCUGGCCUUUUAUAAUGAUGGGAAAAAUGCAGAGCAGGUGUCUUUUAAUACCAUAAUUAUAGAGUCUGUGGUGGAAUGCCCCCGAAAUUGCCAUGGUAACGGCGAAUGUGUUUCUGGAUCCUGCCAUUGUUUUCCUGGGUUUCUGGGCCCCGAUUGUUCGAGAGCAGCCUGCCCGGUGCUGUGUAGUGGCAAUGGGCAGUACUCCAAAGGACGCUGCCUGUGUUACAGCGGCUGGAAGGGCACCGAGUGUGAUGUGCCUACAACUCAGUGCAUUGAUCCUCAGUGCGGGGGCCAGGGCAUUUGCAUCAUGGGAUCUUGUGCCUGCAACUCCGGAUUCAAAGGAGAAAAUUGUGAAGAAGCGGAUUGCUUGGACCCAGCCUGCUCCAGCCACGGAGUGUGCAUCCACGGUGAAUGUCACUGCAACCCGGGCUGGGGUGGCAACAACUGUGAAAUCCUGAAGACAAUGUGCUCUGACCAGUGCUCUGGCCACGGCACCUACCUUCAGGAGAGUGGUACCUGCACCUGCGACCCCAACUGGACAGGUCCAGAUUGCUCCAACGAAAUCUGUUCGGCGGACUGCGGCACGCACGGUGUGUGCAUGGGUGGCACAUGUCGCUGCGAGGAAGGCUGGACGGGCGCAGCCUGCAACCAGAGAGCCUGCCAUCCCCGCUGCGCGGAGCAUGGCACCUGUAAAGACGGAAAGUGUGAAUGUAGCCAGGGAUGGAAUGGAGAGCACUGUACCAUUGCUCACUAUUUGGAUAAGAUAGUGAAAGAGGGCUGCCCUGGCUUGUGCAACAGCAAUGGGAGAUGCACGCUGGACCAAAACGGCUGGCACUGCGUCUGCCAGCCAGGAUGGAGGGGAGCGGGCUGUGACGUAGCCAUGGAAACUCUCUGCACUGACAGUAAGGACAACGAAGGAGAUGGGCUAGUUGACUGUAUGGAUCCUGACUGCUGUUUGCAGAGUUCUUGCCAAAACCAGCCUUACUGUCGUGGACUACCUGAUCCCCAAGAUAUUAUCAGCCAAAGCCAACAGUCGCCAUCUCAGCAAGCUGCCAAAGCAUUUUAUGACCGGAUCAGUUUUCUCAUCGGAGCAGACAGCACUCAUGUCAUACCUGGGGAAAGUCCUUUUAAUAAGAGUCUUGCAUCCGUCAUAAGGGGCCAAGUAUUAACUGCAGAUGGAACACCACUCAUUGGAGUCAACGUCUCCUUUCUACACUAUCCAGACUACGGAUAUACAAUCACUCGCCAAGAUGGAAUGUUCGACUUGGUAGCAAAUGGUGGUGCCUCUCUGACGCUGGUGUUUGAGCGCUCACCAUUCCUGACACAGUAUCACACAGUGUGGAUUCCCUGGAAUGUCUUUUAUGUCAUGGAUACCCUGGUCAUGAAGAAGGAAGAGAAUGACAUUCCUAGUUGCGAUCUGAGUGGAUUUGUAAGGCCAAACCCCGUUAUCGUGUCAUCGCCUUUAUCCACCUUCUUUAGAAUUUCUCCCGAAGAUAGUCCCAUCAUCCCAGAGACACAGGUACUCCAUGAAGAAACGACAAUACCAGGAACCGAUUUGAAAUUAUCAUACUUAAGCUCCAGGGCUGCAGGAUAUAAAUCUGUUCUGAAGAUUACUAUGACCCAAUCUGUUAUACCAUUUAAUUUAAUGAAGGUUCAUCUUAUGGUGGCAGUGGUGGGAAGACUUUUCCAAAAAUGGUUCCCUGCAUCCCCAAAUCUGGCGUACACUUUCAUAUGGGAUAAAACUGAUGCAUACAACCAGAGAGUCUAUGGAUUAUCUGAAGCUGUUGUGUCUGUAGGUUACGAAUAUGAGUCUUGCUUAGAUCUAACUCUCUGGGAAAAGCGGACGGCCAUUUUGCAGGGUUAUGAACUGGAUGCCUCCAAUAUGGGUGGAUGGACAUUGGAUAAACAUCAUGUAUUGGACGUUCAGAAUGGAAUCCUCUACAAAGGAAAUGGUGAAAAUCAAUUUAUAUCUCAGCAACCACCAGUUGUUAGUAGCAUUAUGGGCAAUGGAAGACGACGCAGCAUCUCCUGUCCAAGUUGUAAUGGUCAAGCUGAUGGUAAUAAAUUAUUGGCUCCGGUUGCCUUGGCUUGUGGGAUAGAUGGCAGUCUUUACGUGGGGGAUUUCAACUACGUUCGGCGGAUAUUCCCAUCUGGAAAUGUAACUAGUGUUCUGGAGCUAAGAAAUAAAGAUUUUAGACAUAGCAACAACCCAGCUCACAGAUACUACCUCGCAACUGACCCCGUGACAGGAGAUUUGUACGUUUCCGACACAAACACACGCAGGAUUUAUCGGCCCAAGUCGCUCACGGGUGCGAAAGACCUGACCAAAAAUGCUGAGGUAAUAGGAGGAACAGGGGAGCAGUGCCUACCGUUUGAUGAGGCAAGGUGUGGUGAUGGAGGCAAGGCGGUGGAGGCAACUCUCAUGAGCCCUAAAGGAAUAGCAAUCGACAAGAAUGGGUUAAUCUACUUUGUUGAUGGGACCAUGAUCAGAAAAGUGGAUCAGAACGGAAUAAUAUCCACUUUGCUUGGCUCCAACGACCUGACCUCAGCACGACCUCUAACCUGUGAUACCAGCAUGCACAUCAGCCAGGUUCGUCUGGAAUGGCCUACAGAUUUAGCUAUCAACCCAAUGGAUAACUCCAUUUAUGUUUUGGAUAACAACGUAGUUUUGCAGAUCACCGAAAACCGUCAGGUUCGCAUUGCUGCGGGGAGGCCAAUGCAUUGCCAGGUUCCUGGAGUGGAGUACACGGUGGGAAAGCACGCUGUGCAGACCACGCUAGAGUCAGCAACUGCCAUCGCCGUCUCCUACAGUGGGGUGCUUUACAUUACAGAAACUGAUGAAAAAAAGAUUAAUAGGAUAAGACAGGUCACAACUGAUGGAGAGAUCUCAUUAGUUGCUGGAAUACCCUCAGAGUGUGAUUGCAAAAAUGAUGUCAACUGUGACUGUUACCAAAAUGGAGAUGGCUAUGCUAAAGAUGCCAAACUUAAUGCCCCUUCCUCCUUAGCUGUGUCUCCGGAUGGCACCCUCUAUAUUGCUGAUCUGGGAAAUAUUAGGAUACGGGCUGUGUCAAAGAACAAACCCGUAUUGAAUUCAAUGAACUUUUAUGAAGUUGCUUCUCCAACUGACCAAGAGCUUUAUAUCUUUGAUGUCAAUGGUACUCACCAGUACACUGUGAGUUUAGUCACCGGAGACUAUCUGUACAAUUUUAGCUACAGUAAUGACAAUGAUAUUACUGCAGUAACGGAUAGCAAUGGGAAUACUCUUCGUAUCAGACGGGAUCCCAACCGGAUGCCAGUAAGAGUAGUCUCUCCUGAUAACCAAGUCAUCUGGUUGACGAUAGGCACUAACGGAUGUUUGAAAAGCAUGACUGCACAAGGGCAGGAGCUUGUGUUAUUUACCUACCACGGCAACAGUGGACUUCUGGCAACUAAAAGUGAUGAGACUGGAUGGACCACGUUUUUUGACUACGAUAGCGAGGGCCGUCUAACAAACGUUACAUUCCCAACUGGAGUUGUCACUAACCUUCAUGGGGAAAUGGAAAGGGCCAUUACAGUGGACAUUGAGUCAUCCAGCAGAGAGGAAGACGUCAGCAUCACUUCCAACUUGUCAUCAAUUGAUUCUUUCUAUACCAUGGUUCAAGAUCAGUUAAGAAACAGUUACCAGAUUGGUUAUGACGGCUCACUGAGAAUCCUGUACGCCAGCGGCCUGGACUCACACUACCAGACAGAACCGCACGUGUUGGCUGGCACUGCCAACCCAACAGUGGCCAAGAGAAACAUGACCCUCCCUGGGGAGAACGGGCAGAACCUGGUGGAGUGGCGAUUCCGGAAAGAGCAAACCCAGGGAAAAGUCAACGUGUUUGGCCGAAAGCUUCGGGUUAAUGGCAGAAACCUCCUUUCAGUUGACUUUGAUCGAACCACAAAGACAGAAAAGAUCUACGAUGACCACCGUAAAUUUCUGCUGAGGAUUGCCUACGACACGUCAGGGCACCCCACCCUGUGGCUACCGAGCAGCAAGCUGAUGGCUGUCAACGUUACCUAUUCAUCCACAGGUCAAAUAGGCAGCAUACAGCGAGGGACGACUAGUGAAAAAAUAGAGUAUGAUGGACAGGGAAGGAUAGUGUCUAGAGUGUUUGCUGAUGGGAAAACUUGGAGUUACACAUAUUUGGAAAAGUCAAUGGUUCUUCUGCUUCAUAGCCAACGGCAGUAUAUCUUCGAAUAUGAUUUGUUGGAUCGGCUUUCUGCUGUCACCAUGCCCAGUGUUGCUCGUCAUACCAUGCAGACUAUCCGCUCCAUUGGCUAUUACCGGAAUAUAUACAACCCCCCAGAAAGUAAUGCUUCUGUUAUAAUGGACUACAAUGAAGAAGGGCAGCUCCUUCAAACUGCUUUCCUGGGGACAAGCCGAAGAGUAUUAUUCAAGUACAGACGGCAGACAAAGCUCUCAGAAAUUUUAUAUGAUAGUACAAGAGUUAGUUUCACUUAUGAUGAGACAGCAGGAGUCCUGAAAACAGUAAACCUCCAAAGUGAUGGUUUUAUCUGCACCAUUAGAUACAGGCAAAUUGGCCCACUGAUUGACAGACAGAUUUUCCGCUUUAGCGAAGAUGGAAUGGUAAAUGCCCGAUUUGACUACAGCUAUGACAAUAGCUUCAGAGUGACUAGCAUGCAAGGUGUCAUCAAUGAAACCCCAUUGCCUAUUGAUCUCUACCAGUUUGAUGAUAUCUCUGGCAAAGUUGAACAAUUUGGAAAAUUUGGAGUUAUAUAUUAUGAUAUUAACCAGAUCAUUUCAACAGCUGUAAUGACCUACACAAAACACUUUGAUGCACAUGGCCGCAUCAAGGAAAUUCAGUAUGAAAUAUUUCGGUCAUUAAUGUAUUGGAUUACAAUUCAGUAUGAUAACAUGGGACGAGUGACAAAAAGAGAAAUUAAGAUCGGGCCAUUUGCCAACACCACGAAAUAUGCUUACGAAUAUGAUGUGGAUGGUCAGCUCCAGACAGUUUAUCUGAAUGAAAAAAUAAUGUGGCGAUACAACUAUGACCUGAACGGCAACCUCCACUUGCUCAACCCCAGUAGCAGCGCCCGUUUGACGCCGCUUCGCUAUGACCUGAGAGACAGAAUAACUCGACUAGGUGAUGUUCAGUACCGAUUAGAUGAAGACGGAUUUCUGCGUCAGAGGGGUACUGAAAUCUUUGAAUACAGUUCAAAGGGCCUUCUUACUCGAGUUUAUAGCAAAGGCAGUGGGUGGACGGUGAUUUACCGUUACGAUGGACUUGGACGACGAGUUUCCAGUAAAACUAGCCUUGGACAGCAUCUCCAGUUUUUUUAUGCAGACCUUACCUACCCUACCAGGAUAACUCAUGUAUAUAACCACUCGAGUUCUGAAAUCACAUCUCUUUACUAUGAUCUGCAAGGACACCUUUUUGCCAUGGAAAUUAGCAGCGGAGACGAGUUUUACAUUGCAUCAGACAAUACGGGGACACCACUGGCUGUUUUCAGUAGCAACGGUCUCAUGCUUAAACAAAUCCAAUACACUGCUUAUGGAGAGAUCUAUUUCGACUCUAACCUUGACUUCCAGCUGGUAAUCGGAUUCCACGGAGGCUUAUACGACCCACUGACCAAGCUAGUCCACUUUGGAGAAAGAGAUUAUGACAUACUGGCAGGCCGGUGGACAACACCCGAUAUUGAAAUCUGGAAGAGAAUUGGGAAGGAUCCAGCUCCUUUUAAUUUGUACAUGUUUAGAAAUAACAAUCCAGCCAGUAAAAUACAUGAUGUGAAGGAUUAUAUCACAGAUGUUAACAGCUGGUUGGUGACAUUCGGCUUCCAUCUGCACAAUGCCAUUCCUGGUUUCCCUGUUCCAAAAUUCGAUUUAACAGAACCUUCUUAUGAACUUGUGAAGAGCCAGCAAUGGGAGGACAUACCACCAAUUUCUGGAGUGCAACAACAAGUGGCAAGACAAGCAAAGGCUUUCCUUUCCCUGGGAAAGAUGGCAGAAGUGCAGGUCAGCAGACGGAAAUCCAGUGGAGAGAAGUCAUGGCUGUGGUUUGCUACGGUGAAGUCUCUGAUUGGGAAAGGGGUGAUGCUCGCUGUCAAUCAAGGCAAAGUGCAAACAAACGUGCUCAACAUUGCAAAUGAGGACUGCAUAAAAGUGGCAGCUGUUCUGAACAACGCCUACUACCUAGAAAACUUGCAUUUCACCGUUGAGGGAAAGGACACGCACUAUUUUAUCAAGACCACCUCCCCCGAGAGUGACCUUGGGACACUGAGGCUGACAAGUGGGCGGAAGGCCCUGGAGAACGGCAUCAACGUCACUGUUUCCCAGUCCACCACGGUGGUAAACGGCAGGACUCGUAGGUUUGCUGAUGUUGAAAUGCAAUAUGGUGCUUUAGCGCUUCACGUCCGCUAUGGCAUGACACUUGAUGAGGAAAAGGCCCGAAUACUGGAGCAAGCCAGGCAAAGAGCUCUUUCUAGUGCCUGGGCCAGAGAACAACAGAGAGUAAGAGAUGGAGAGGAAGGCGCCCGGUUGUGGACAGAAGGAGAAAAGAGGCAGUUGCUAAGUGCUGGAAAGGUACAAGGAUACGAUGGGUACUAUGUACUCUCUGUGGAGCAAUAUCCAGAAUUAGCAGACAGCGCUAACAACAUACAGUUCCUCAGACAAAGCGAGAUAGGAAAGAGGUAACACACUGGCUUAGCUCAGGCUGCCAAAGAGACUGUGCACCAGUGUCUUCUAAAAAGGAGACCAAACUGUUUUGCUGCAUUACUACUUGAGCCUAAGCUUACACCUUUGCUCAGAUUUUUUCUGUAGCACAAUCCGAACAGACUCUGUAAGGAAAAGAGCGCCUUCCAGAAGAAUGAUACUGCUAAUGACAAAACUUUUUUUUUUUUUCUCAAUGACCUUAAAGGUGAUCUGCUUUAAAGAAUAUGUUUACAUAUGCAUAUCGCUGCACUCAAGUUGGACUGAAAAGUAUUAAAGGAGAAAAAAGAAAAGAAAAAGGCCUACAGAUUUUGCAACAGGCUGGCUGUUCCUUUGAGGCACUGUAUUUAAUUAAGAAACAGACCCAUACAGUGUUUCCAAAUAUUACUGAAUUGUUGACCUUUGCUUACAAGAAGUAGUCUCUCUCUUUCUCUCUCUCUUUCUCACUGCAUAGGAUGUGGUAUAUAUCUGUUAAUUUUAAAACGUGGGGCAAAAAUUACUGUUUAUAGACAACCCAACUGCUUUAAACUGUGCUGCUUUCUAAAAGGACAUUGGCACAAGUGACUUAAGCUACCAUGGGAAUUUAAUAAUGGAUUUUACAAUGCUAACAUGGUUUGCCUUGGGGGGAAAAUGGCAAGUAGAAUCCUUGUUGCAGAUAAGCAAAGGAAACCCUGAUUUUUUUGUAAAUUAUGUGAGACAAGUUGUUUAUGGAUUUUUAUAUGAAUUACAAUUUACUGUACAUCAAAUAUUAGUCUCAGAGGAGUUAAUUUAUGUAAAGUGUUUAAAAAAGUUUAUACUUAAAAAUAAAACGAUAAAAACA